AUGUAUGACGAACUUUUAAAACACGUGAGAUUAAUGCAAAACAAUCUGUCAUCAUUGAACAAGACAUUGUUAGUACUUCUGCGUGUUCAUAUGACGCCAAUGAAAGAAGCAAGUUGGAGAAAGCAAGCUUCGAAAACACAUAGGACUAGGAAGAAGCAACAGAAUGGUGUCAGUUUGCAAACCAAAAAUGGCAUUAUUCAGAAGGAAUAUAAGAACAGAACAAGAUGUGAGAGGGAACUUGAAGAAGUUCAACAAUCUGUAAUUAGAAGACAUUCUGGAACGACUUAUGCUUUGUGUGAUGAAACAUUUCCUGUGUUGGUCUUGUUUGAUUCCAACGAAGAGUCGAGUCAGGAAGUAAGAGAGCUACUCUGCAUCCAUGAAGCUGUGUCGAAUGACUUCCUUGCUGGACAUAUACUCCAACUGAAUGGGUUAAUAAUGGUUUCCAAACUUUUGAUUGUUCUAAGAUGUUAUUGUUGCAAACAAUUUGGUAUACACAAAGAGUCCAUUGACUCACUUUAAGCAAUUAAUACUAGUUCGUGUCGAGCAACUUCAGUUGCAGAAUAGGAAUUAUGUGUCGGUUAAAAUUAAUACUGGAAAUAAAGAAAUGCUC